AUGGCGGCCAGGCUUUCCCGAAGCCUGCCACAUGUCAACCGCCGUGUCUUCACUGGGUUAUCUUCCCGCGCGAUACCUCGCGUAGCGAACGCCAGUGCCCAUGCUGGCUUGGUGGCACAUCGCAAUACCUGGAAUCUCGCGCCUUGGACCUGCCGCGUAACACAGGCUAAUAUGGCGCGAUAUUCCCAUACAGCUUCUGAUUCGUCAGUCAAACCAAACGCUUCCAUUGCCAACGCUACCUCUUACAAAGGAUCGAGCAUCACGGAGAAACAUUGGAUGAGCCAGGACUUUCCGGUCGUGGACACCUUGAUUGAACCACAAGCUGUCUUGCAUUUUAUUGAAUUCAUGUCGUGUGGUAUUCUACCGAACGGGGAGAAGACCGAUUUAGCUUUACUCGAUCCAGAUGAAUUCCCAUUGUUCAUGGCCCCGAGUUCAGAGUGGGCGCCUGCGCCAUUCAACAAGGACGCUCUACCAACUAUGCAGAAGGCCAUAGAACGGAUCACGGCCCCGGAGGAUUUCAGCGGGCUGUGCCGUAUUGGACAGAAUAUUGAAUUUCCCAAAAGUCGAAUCUGGGGAGGUCUUGUCCCCGUGCCUGCAUCACGGUGGCGCGAAAAGGAUCUCAACAACCCGGACCAUUUCACGAUCGCUCAUGAAUACCUGACCUCUAUCAUUGCCGUCUUCGAGUACCUAAAUAAUCCUUUGAUCAGGACUAACAUGCGCGACACCUUCAACAAAAUAUCCGGUGACUUCGAAGAAAUGCAGGACGCCUUGAAUGCACGGCGCAAGGCCGAAGGCAGCCUUUCUCCCGAUCUCAACAUUACUGCUCUUUGGGAACAAUUCAUUCGCGCACAGUACGAAGUCAUGACCAGCACCGCCCAUUCCUGGGUCCUAGCUCGCGUUGCCGAGUUACGUGAACGGACAUUUGACAGCUUCAGUGCGAUCUGGGCCGAAAAUCCAGAAAGCCCAGAAAUGGAAAAUUUCUCGCAGCGGUGGAGCGACCUUCUUUCUGUCACUUCAAUGGCAGAUUUCAAUAUUUGGAUAUCCAUGGAUGGGUACAACGGCUACCACGCGCCCCCCGAGAUUAUUGCUGGGCUACACAACCCUGACCUAAAGGACCAAGACAAGAACUAUGAGCUUUCCCAGCCCCUGCUUGACCGAAUCACAAAAUGUAUCGAGGCUCAGAACGAGUCUGGGACGGUUCAAGGCCCAAGUGCGACAGAGAGUGACGCGGCCCGCCGCGAGCGCCUUUCCCUUAGCAUAGCAGUGCAAGAUGAACUACGUGAGAAGAUACGCGGCCGGGUGCCAUCGCCACAGCCACCUGCACAGCCCUGGAUCCAGCAACUCCUUCGGGCGCAGGAGACGAGCUUGAGCAUGGACUCGUGCGAGAGACCUGACUUCGGCUUCGGGUUAGCGAUCUACCGCGCUGCGCACAAGCUCUCCGCUGAGCAAUGGGAAAACCUACAGCGGAACUUGGAAGCUCACUUGUCGGCAUGGGGUGAUGAUAUCCAGGGUGCCGAUGAGCUCAAACCACUGCUCAAACUGCAUUGGUUCGACUGCGAGGAACUAGACCCCGACACAACCAAACCCGUAACAGCAGCAAGGAGGUACGACGGUCCUAAUCUUCCAUGCCAAGGUUUGUAUGAGCAAGGAACUAAUGCUACUUAUAGACACUUCCAACAAAUGCGGUCCUCGGACGAGUGGAACCUUACAAUAGCACCAUCUGUUUUCCUUCUCAUCGAUCACAUGGGCGUUGGCUCAUAUACCAGCGACAAAUUCCACCCCUCCAAAGAGGACACAAGCCUCCUCAAUGGGGAUUUCCAAGGCCAUGUCCUGGCUGUCGACCCAGACUUCGAUAGUAGUGCCAGUGCAAACGCAAGUGCAGACAGCAUGGCAUAUGAAGAUCCCCAGGAUGAAGGCUUUAAAUAUCCGGGUCAGAUGCGCAUCUUAGGUAACCUAGUCUGGAGCGAGCUCUUUCCCAUGGUAAUGCUGCAGUCUGUGGGACUUGAGAAUCUCUGGCUCCAGGCGCGGGAACAUCCGACAAAGGUGUAUACAGGGCCAACGGUGCCGAGUCAAGUUGAGCCAUGGAGGGAGAUGAACGCCAUAAAGACGCAUAUGAUGGAUGGCUUUGUGGAGUUCCUAAAAAGGAAGAACCCCACCUUAGCAGGAAAAGUGGAAGGGUUGAGGAAAGAGGGGACUCUUUGA